AUGGAUGCUGCCCUUGUGGACAUCGGCGCCGGCGCCAUUGCACAAUUUGCAAACAGCAAGUAUUACGACAAGGUCUACGACAGGAUCCCCAACCCCAAGAAGCGAUGGUCCAAGCUCAGGCAGAGGCGCAAAUCAGCGGGCCAGGUAGAUCACAUAAGACCACAAGACGAGCCAACGACGGGCCAGCAGAACUACGGCUAUGACGGGCACUACGACGAUGGCUACGACUAUGACUAUGACUACGGCUAUGGCGACUCACGCGGGCAGAGGGGGAGGUCCAGGCGAGAACAGAACCGGGUUGAUCGCUACGACCGCUACAGCACGGAUGGUCGUCCACAGGACUAUUAUCGAGAUGCUCCACGCAGCUACAGAGACAAUCGCCAGAGCCAGGAGCUAAUUCCUUACCGGCCACUGCCGCCCCGCACUGAGUACAGUCGCCGCGCCCUCUCGGUCAGUGGUCUCCAGGGCGGCCGCGCACCCUUCACGCAGACCGACGACUACUCAGAGGAUGAGGACGAGAUCAGCCGCUCCCGCAGGGACUUUACGCGUGCCUUUGUCGAAACCGAGGCAUUCAACGACCCGGACCCCGAUGGCCCCAGCACACCUUCUGAGGCUUAUAGUGGGCGACGCAGUAGCAGUAUCCACAGCCGUGCAAGCCGUAGGAGCCAUGCUCAAGACACAUAUGAAGUUGUCCGCUUCAGGAACCGGCGAGGUACAUAUGAGUAUCCGCCAGGCCAAGACUUGCCUGCCACCGGUGGCUUGAAAUCUACAGACGAAUACGUCCCGCCACCGUAUCCAUAUUCGCGAACAGCACGGGCAUAUCCUAACCAGGAAAGCGCUGCCCCCCUGCCUAUUCAGAUGGCGCGUGCAGAGGGACAUCGCGGUAGCUAUUCUGCUCGAGAUGCCUACUCAAACGCCCCUUCAUACAACCGCGAGCCACGCCGCCACGACAGCGUCCGCAGCUCGACAUCAAGACGCCGCCGCCGCAGCAAGUCUCCCCAUGGUACCGGUGUCGCCUCCGCUGCCAUGGGCGCUUUGGCUGGAGGAUUCCUGGGGACCGAGCUGACUAAAGGAGACACUUUGGCAACCGUUGCAGCAGCUGUAGUUGGUGCAGUGGGUGCGCAUGAAGCGGAGAGGAAAUACGAUAGGUUUGAGCAAAAGAGACAAGUGAGAAACGAGCGGUCGAACUAUGACGACGAUGACUACUACUACGAACGCAGGCGAAGAAGGAGCCGUUGA